CUAUAGUACAUAUACAGUCAAACGUGGAUAAGCGAGAGUUCAAGGGGACACAAUCUCAUUCUCGCUUAAAGAGGUUUCUCACUAACCCGAGUUUCUCACUAAUGCAGGUAGCGUUUCUCUCUUAAAGAGGUACACAGCAAUAACAAACCACAGAACGUACGAAUGUAGUAAAUAUGUAGAUACAUAUGUAAUAUGAUAGAAUUAUGUGCAUCAUAUGCACAACAUAUACGUAUUGUGUAUAUAUUUUAAAUGCAUACGAAAACAAAACAAAAAUUAAUGCACUAUGUAAUUUUAUUUUAUUUAGAAAUUAUUUACCCUUAAAAAAUCUGUCAAUUUCGUUUGGGUUUCUGUUUUUGUAUUUCGAAUGUUUUUCUCUAACUCAUAAAUAUUGCUAGAUCAACAACCGCCGUGUCUUCAAAGUACUGAUGGACCGUCUCCAACGCAUUUGAAGCUAGCUUCAUUGUAAUUAUCUUUAUUUCUGUUUCCAGAAUCUGUGCGUUUUGUCAUGAUGCAGAACUGAACUUUCCUUUGCAAUUGAUAAUAGUUCCGACAACCAGGAUGGUAUACAGGCACACACACGUGUCCGUUCCAAAAGAAUGCGAUAGAAUAACAAUAUUAUUAGUUUCACGAAAUAGAAUAGGUACAAUAUUGACGAGAAAACAAUACAAAAACAAUGGUGCCACGAAAGUUAAGAAUGACUCAUAAAAUUGCAGAUGUUUUUGUAAUUAAAGCUUGACUGUCACUUAUAGAGGUAUAGAUAAGUAACAGUCUCACUAACGGAGGUCUACGAGGGAAAAACGACUCUCUCUUACAGAGGUUUCUGCUUCUCGCUAAUAGAGGUUUUGGGAGCUUAAAAUGACGGUUCCUGGCUGUUACUCUCACUAAUAGAGUUUUCUCACUUAUCCAGUUCUCACUUAUCCAGGUUUGACUGUAUAUCGAUGCUAAGCGGACCAUGGCGGACUCAGUCUUUGAUUGUGCCAUCUUCGUCUAACAAUAUUUAUCGAAGGAAAAACCUGAGACAUUUAUUUCAACUAAUUCUCCAGAAGGUCAUACAUUAAAACGAACAAUAUGUAUCAUUGUGGAAUGCGUCAAGUUGGAGAAAGGCAUGUUGCCUACAAAGUUGACUUGAUGGUUUGGAGCAACCGGCUUGAUCUUCUAGCCCUAAGCAAUUUUAAAGGUGAAGUCCAGAUACACAGACUGCACUGGCAAAAAGUUUGGAACUUGCCACCUCCUAAAGAGAAUGUUACUGUUCAAGCAAUGGCUUGGAGGCCAGAUGGGAAGGCAUUGGCCAUUGGAUACAGUUCAGGGGUAGUGUACAUUGUGGAUAUAGAAGAUAAGGAAAUAGUGGAUAAGUAUGAAGACCUCACAGAUGAAUUUGAUAACUCAAAACAGUUUGGUAUCACAUGCAUUACUUGGGCAGUUCGAGCUGACACACUGGAGAGUGCCAUAGACCCCAAUGUAUAUGAUGAUGCUUCAAUAUUUUUGCAAAACUUACCUUCUACUGGUGAAUACAAAAGUCAAGGAUCUGAUGAAAAUAUGAAAGAUUUCAAAGAAGUUCAAGCCCCAAACCAAUUAAAUAUGUUAAUGGUGGGUUAUGGAACUGGGUAUAUUUACAUGAAUAUCUUCGGAAGAUAUCCUUAUGGCACAAUACAUCUUGCUCAAGUUACUAAAGAUGAGUUUGGAGAGUACAAAGUACUUGAUAUCUGUAUGUCUGAUGACUUCAGUUUGAUGCAAGUUCUCUAUAUUGAUAGAGUAACCAAUAAUCUCCUGAUGUCACUUGUAAACACAAGUGUGUUAUCAGCAUUUGCUGAAGAAAUGUACAUUGUAGCUAAGAAGCACAGUGAAAUUGUGAGAUUAACUUCUUACUUAGACCAGACUAUGAUCUCUAUUACUGAAUCUUGGGAGCAUAUUUUACUAGAAAUGGAUACUAAAAUGGCUGAGUAUGCUGCAUCAGUCCCUGAGGGUGGGGUUUCAGCUGAUUUGUUGGAGCUACUCAUGUUGGGAACCCCAUCCGAUGAGUUAGAACUAUGCCUGCUGCAGAAACUGACUGUAAAUGAUUUGAAAAAGUUUGGUAAUUCCAUUGAGUUGAGCUACUCAACCAUACAGAAAUUGGUUCUCAAGCAACUAAAUAUUGUUGGACAAAGUCUGACUUAUUACCUCUCUGAACUGAGAGGAUUGACAAGGAUACCAGAUAGGUAUAAGGUGCUAGGUAUAGAAGAAAACACAGUGACUGAAGCAAUAAGAGCCUGCUGUGCUUUCCUCAAUAAAUGUCUAGAAUUACAACAGGUCAUUGAUACUUCAAUGCGCAAUUACAAAGCAUUCUUCAGAUGGCUGUUUGUUGUUAUAGUCCGAUUACUUGGAGAACAAACUUCUACUGAAAUAGUGAAAAUCACUCAACAGGAACUUGGCCACAUUGCUGAAUUUCUAUAUAACUUUGACAAUGUACAAGUUGAUAGUGGUGAAGGUUUACCAGAAAAACCUGUCAAAUUCAACUUGGAGAGGCUAGGACAAUAUUUAGAAGACCAAGAGCUGACCAUAUUACCUGAUGAUGAUGACAAUCCAUGGCAUAAAUUUCUCAAAGAUAAUGCAUGUCUACUAAAGGACAAUGAUACAAUAUUUUCUCUGGCAGAGUUCAAGAAGUUUUCUCUUGUACAACAACAAAAGCAUUUGAAAAAUGCAAUAAGCCAGGUGUUUGAUGUUUCCAAAAAAGAAACUAGUAAAUAUUUUUCUGCAAUAUAUAACAUAAAAUGUUAUGAAGACAAAUCAAAUGGGAAGUUGAUGGAAAAUUUGAGGAUAUGUCAAGCUUUCUAUGGUUCUGAAAACAGUUUCAUGAUGGCAUUCACAGAUUCUACAAAUCUAGAAGAUGGUAUACAUUACAUGACUGUAAAAAUUAAGGAAAAGCCAGGCUCAGUGACAGCAAUGAAGUAUAGUUUUUCAACUAUCAUAUUAGGUGAUAAGAAACCAAAUGAUGAGAUGAUUCCUGUCCUGGAUUUACAAUUCUAUUCUUCUGAAUACUUAUCUGUCUUGACACAACAUCCUCGUAUGGAAGAAGGUUCUAUAUUUAUCCAAGUACCAGUAGGAAUUAUUCAAAUAAAUGCUACAGAAUGUAGUUUGAAACCAAAAAUGUUUUUGUUCAAUGAGAAAGUGAACAAAAAGAAUAUUUCACCUUUGAUAGAACCUGGAGUUUUCAAGGUUUUAGAUAAAAUGGAUGGAUACCGAAUAGCUGUUUCAGGAGGUCGCAAAGUGGCAGUGGUAUUGUCCAAAAGUCUCAGAAAAGUACGCAUAUUUGAAAUGGAAAUUGAUGGAGAUGAUGAGGAAGACGAGACACUGGAUACAACAACUCAGUCUCAGAGCACUAAUGAUCAAUCCACAUCUGAAAAACAAAACACAUCAGCAGCUGCUGAUGUUACUUUCUAAGAACAUUAUAAUUAGUAUUUUACUACCACUGAAUAAAAUUCAAAUAUAAACUAAAA